AGUUUACUCAUUAAGAAUGUAUAUUAAGUAUCUAUAUCUUAAAGAAUGGAUGGUCCAUUGCUUCUUUAGCGGUAGGUCUCAAUUGAUGGUCAUAAGUUAACAACUUAUCAAUUAAAUCAAGCACCUCUUCACUAAUCAAGUGCCUAUUCUCGUUGUUAAUAAACGAUUUCCAAGGUUUCCUAGGGUAAUUGCCCAAAAUGUCGUCGUAAUCCAGGCUUAAUUUUAAUCCAUACUUUUGUACAUAUUUCAUAAGAUUUUCUGUUCCUAAAACUUUUGCAAUUUGAACCAAUUGAUCAUUAUUCGAGUCUCCUCUAAAUAAAGGUUCCUUUUUGAAAAUAAUUGCUCCAAGCAUACACCCGACGGACCACAAAUCAAGUGAAUAAUCAUAUUGUUGUAAAUUAAUUAAUAAUUCUGGUCCCUUGUGGUAUCUUGAUGCUACUCUAACGUUAUAAUCCAUACCAGAAUGGUAAAAUUCAGCCAAUCCCCAAUCAAUUAAUCUCAACUUUUUGGAUAGAGGGUCAAUCAUAAUAUUUUGAGGUUUAACAUCUCUGUGAAUUAUCCCCAUUGAAUGAGAAUAGUCUAAUGCAAUUAAUAAUUGGGUAAAGUAAUAUUGAAUGUCUUUGAUGGUGAACUUAGGAUACAACACUCUAAAGUCAACAUUGCUAAUUCUUUCAAAGAUUAAUGCAGGAAUCUUGGACUGUUCAUCUCUCACAAUAUCAAGAAGACCUAUGACAUUAGGACCUCCGGUUAAAUUUUGUAAUAUUUUAACUUCACGAUAAAUCUUUUUCAACUUGACUGGUUUUAAUACCUUGAUAACACAUGGCUCGUCAUUCAAAACAUUAACACCUUGAAACACUUCAGAAUACUUUCCUCUGCCUAUUUUACUGAUGAUUUCAUAAUUUCUAAUAUCCCCCCAAUGUAUUUUGUGGUUUUCAUAAUCCCAAUAUUCUUGUGGCUUGUUGGCAUUGACAUCGGCAUAAACUCUGGCCGUAGAAUAUACACGGGUACUAAUCAUGAUGCAAAAAAAGAAAACUGGAACUUGUUUUUAUAUCUAGCUAUAACAAUGAGUAUCCAACGAACUAUUUGGAUUUGAACAAGUAAUUAUUUGUUUUUGUCGAUAUUAUUCUCUAAGAUGACAAGGCGUAAAAUAAAUGUUGGUCUUAUCUGGUGGGAGUGCGGGAGUAUGGUCAAACCACAGGACGUUGAGUUUUUAAUCACAGUUACUCGCAUACCGUUGUAUUUGUUAUUUGGAAAGUCGUUGGCUGUCUUUUCAAAUGAUCUAAAUACUAACACCUAUUUUAAGCAGCAUUUACUAAGGUUUUCGCUACUUGACAACAAUGAUACAUUGGGUUUGUUGGUUCAUGCAGCCCACGACAUUUACCUUGCUUUCUACUUUGAACGACAAUCGGAACAAAUUAAAGCAUUGAUACUAAAUCUCGGGAAUAUAUCUAAACUUGAUAGCUUGAUUAGUGAGACUACAACUUCAAAUGUAAUAACAAAAGCAAAACGUACACUGUCUUCCAUCAUCUUUGACAAAGUACUAGAAAAGAAGAAAUUGAAACCAAACCCUUUCUUGGUAAGUACUAGUCAGUCUCUGCAUGUAAGUUCAAGUUCACUGACCCUUACUACCCAAGAACAAAUCAAUACUGCCAUUAACAAAAUUAUUCUUUCUGGAUUAAGAAUGCGAGGACUCUCAGCUAAUAUGGUUGAAUCCUUUAAUGACAAGUUGACUAUCAAGGAAAUACAUCAAAUGACCUACAAGGCGGCGUUGUUUGCCCUUCGAAAAUACAACUACAAUUUUAACAAACUGAGUGCACAGAAAAAGACUCCCAUAAGGUUGAACGACAUCCAAGUUAUUGUGGAAAACCUUUUAGAAUUAUUUGUAGAUGUGGAAGUCCCGGUUAUAUAGCAUUGUUAUUUGAAUGUGUAUUUAUAUUUAUUUACAAGUAAAACUAUUUAAAGGUCAGCAAGACGAACUCUCUUUUGGGUGGAUUCUAUUCUGGAUGUAGAAGCAGCAUCUAAGAGAUCUUUGAAUGUGGUCUUGGACUUUUUAACAACUCUAGCAUGAGUGGGGCGACCCAUGUGAUCUAAUAACAAUGAUCUGUCAUUUAAUAAAUAACCUCUUUUAUCUGGAUUGGAAUAAUAUUUAAUGUCUCUUUUGUGAGUUGGUCUAGCAGGUAUUGGAACAUAUCCUUUUCUCAAUAAAAAGUAAUCUGGGUCAACAUGAGCCUUCAAUGAUAACUUGGUGAAGUAUCUAGAAGUAAAGGUUUGGUUUAAUCCUUCAAUGAUCUUGAUAGCAGAAUCAGAUGCUUUAGAAGCCUCGACACUUAAAGGAACAUUGUAAUCAUUCUUACCGUUGGCUAAAAUCUUGACACCAUCCUUUAAGUUACCGGUAAUUAAUCCACUAUCUCUCAUGACCUUAAUAGUCAAAGUUUCACCUUCCUUCAAUGGAAUUCUUCCAUUAUCCCAGAAAGUUUGAAUUCUUUCCAAAUUCAAUUCAUGAUAUAUUUUUCUAUGUGCUCUGUUGAACCCAGUCAUUGGGAAUCUCUUGAAAUAUGGAGUUUGACCACCUUCCAUCCAUACAGGAACACUACCUCUGGCCUUCUGACCCUUGUGACCUCUACCGGAAGUCUUACCUCUUCCAGACGAGGCACCACGACCCACACGUCUGACAUAAGCAGUGGAUCCUUCGGCUGGUUGUAAGAAUCCCAAAUUUGCUAUUCCACGAACAAAAUUGGUAAAUUUAGCUCCAUUGAAGAAAGCUGCUUUCAGCAUCGAGCUUUGUCCUAUGCUGAACAUUCUGUAUUUGGUUUGCUAUGUUUGUAAUGGUGUUAC